CACGAUAGAUAGACCACAGUCUCUGAGCCUGGGGGUGCCCUGGGGAAUGUGACCUCUAUACACACCCCCAAUCUGCUGUGAAUUCCCCUCCUGCUCAACUCCCUGCAGCCUUCUGGAGCAGCUGGGUAACUCCUCUGGAAAGGGGCGCUUAUCCUUGCUUUAUGGGGCAGCAGCCUGGAAAAGUUCUUGGGGACCAGCGAAGGCCAAGCUUGCCGGCCCUGCACUUCAUCAAAGGAGCCGGGAAGAAAGAGGCAGCACGCCACGGAGGGACCCCUUGCAACGUCUUUGUAGAGCAUGAAGCGCUUCAGAGGCCAGUAGCAGCUGACUUGGAGCCCCAGGGCCUGAGUGAAGCUGCUCGAUGGAACUCCAAGGAGAACCUUCUCGCAGGGCCCAGUGAAAAUGAUCCCAACCUCUUUGUGGCCCUCUAUGACUUUGUAGCCAGUGGGGACAAUACUCUGAGCAUCACUAAAGGCGAAAAGCUCCGGGUCUUGGGAUACAAUCACAAUGGGGAAUGGUGUGAGGCCCAAACCAAGAAUGGCCAAGGCUGGGUCCCCAGCAACUACAUCACGCCUGUCAACAGCCUGGAGAAGCACUCUUGGUACCACGGGCCCGUGUCCCGCAAUGCUGCCGAGUACCUGCUCAGUAGUGGCAUUAAUGGCAGCUUCCUGGUGCGCGAGAGUGAGAGCAGCCCCGGGCAGAGGUCCAUCUCGCUGCGCUACGAGGGCCGUGUGUACCACUACCGCAUCAACACCGCCUCUGAUGGCAAGCUCUAUGUGUCCUCGGAGAGCCGCUUCAGUACGCUGGCUGAGCUGGUACAUCACCACUCCACGGUGGCUGACGGGCUCAUCACCACGCUACACUACCCAGCACCCAAGCGCAACAAGCCCACAGUCUACGGGGUGUCCCCUAACUAUGACAAGUGGGAGAUGGAGCGCACGGACAUCACCAUGAAGCACAAGCUGGGUGGCGGCCAGUACGGGGAGGUGUACGAGGGCGUGUGGAAGAAGUACAACCUCACUGUGGCCGUCAAGACCCUCAAGGAGGACACCAUGGAAGUGGAGGAAUUCUUGAAGGAAGCUGCAGUGAUGAAGGAGAUCAAGCAUCCAAAUCUGGUCCAGCUCCUCGGGGUGUGCACACGGGAGCCUCCCUUCUACAUCAUCACCGAGUUCAUGACCUACGGGAACCUGCUGGACUACCUGAGAGAGUGUAACCGGCAGGAGGUGACAGCUGUGGUACUGCUCUACAUGGCCACGCAGAUAUCCUCGGCCAUGGAAUACCUGGAGAAGAAGAAUUUCAUCCAUAGGGACCUCGCGGCCAGGAACUGCCUGGUCGGGGAGAACCAUCUGGUAAAGGUGGCAGAUUUUGGUCUGAGCCGACUCAUGACCGGGGACACCUACACCGCGCAUGCUGGUGCCAAGUUCCCCAUCAAGUGGACGGCGCCCGAGAGCCUGGCCUACAACAAGUUCUCCAUCAAGUCUGAUGUCUGGGCCUUCGGCGUCUUGCUUUGGGAAAUCGCCACCUACGGCAUGUCCCCUUACCCCGGAAUUGACCUGUCCCAGGUGUACGAGCUGCUAGAGAAAGACUACCGCAUGGAGCGGCCCGAAGGCUGCCCCGAGAAGGUCUACGAGCUCAUGCGAGCCUGCUGGCAGUGGAGCCCUGCUGACCGGCCGUCCUUUGCAGAGAUCCACCAGGCCUUCGAGACCAUGUUCCAGGAAUCCAGCAUUUCAGAUGAGGUGGAAAAGGAGCUGGGGAAGAAAGGCACACGGGGCAACGCAGGGACACUGCAGGCCCCAGAACUGCCCACCAAGACCAGGACCUCCAGGCGUGCCGCAGAGCCCCGAGACCCUGCCGACGGGUCUGAGACAGCCCACUGCAGGGGCCCGGGGGAAACUGAUGCCCUAGACCCAGAACCCGCUGCAUCCCCGCUGCUGCCUCGCAAAGAGCGUGGCCCCCAGGACAGUGGCGUGACUGAGGACGAGCGCCUUCUUCCCAAAGAUAAGAAGCCCAACUUGUUCAGCGCGCUGAUCAAGAAGAAGAAGAAAACUGCCCCGACACCUCCCAAACGCAGCAGCUCCUUUCGAGAGAUGGACGGGCCUGAGCGCCGCGGGGCAGGUGAUGAGGAGACCCUGGGCCGAGAGCUCAGCAAUGGGGCACUGGCCCUUACAGCCCCAGAUGCCAAUGCCACUGAGCCAGCCAAAUCCCAAAAGGCUACUGGUGGCUGCGGGGCGGGUGUCCCCAAUGGAGCAUUCCGGGAGGUCGGGGGCGCUGGCUUCCGUUCCCCACACCUAUGGAAGAAGUCCAGCACCCUGACCAGUAGCCGCCUGGCUGCUGGCGAUGAUGAGGGGGGCAGCAGUGCCAGCAAGCGCUUCUUGCGGUCCUGCUCGGCCUCCUGCAUGCCACAUGGGGCCAGGGACACCGAGUGGCGGUCAGUCACAUUGCCCCGGGAUCUGCCAUCAACCGGUAGGCAAUUGGAUGCGGCCACCUUCUCUGGGCAGCGGAGUGAGAAGCCGGCACUGCCCCGCAAACGCGCCAGUGAAAACCGAAGCGAAGUGGCCCCCCGAGGCACUGUGACCCCCCCACCCCGACUGCUGAAGAAGACAGAGGAAGCAGCCGACGAGGUCUUCCGGGACGCAGCCGAGUCCAGCCCCGGCUCCAGCCCACCCAGCCUCACCCCCAAACUCCUCCGGCGGCAGGGGGGCGCAGCUUCAGCCUCAGGCCCUUCUCACAAGGAGGAGACGGGGAAGUCAGGGGCUCUGGGGACCGUCGAACUCGCACCCCUCACUAGUCGUACAGGUCCAGGAGCACCCGGAGCAGCCAGCAAGGCCCCAGCCGAGGAGUCCCGGGGAAGGCGGCACAAGCCCCGCACUGAGUCCCCCGGGAAGGACAAAGGGAAACAGGCUAAGCUCAAGCCAGCCCCUCCACCCCCGCCCAGUGGCUCCAUGGGGAAAGGGGUGAAACUGUCUUCCAGCCCGGAAGCUGCAGGAGAGGCAAGCGCAGGCCGGAAAGGGGGCCCCUCAGCUCCAGCAGCGGACCCUGGGAGUGGCCCGCCAGGAGAGGGCCCCAGGAAGGCCAUGCCACCCUCUGCACCCAAGGUACCAUCAUCCUCUGCCCGGCCCACUGGGGCCGUGGGCACCUCCGUGCCACUGCCAGUCACAGGCAGCCUAUCUGGAGACACACCGUCCUCCACCGCCUUCAUCCCACUCAUAUCCACCCGCGUGUCCCUCCGGAAGACGCGGCAACCCCCGGAGCGCCUGGCCAGCGGCACCGUGACCAAGGGGGUGGUCCUGGAUGGCACGGAGGCACUAUGCCUGGCCAUUUCCAGGAACUCUGAGCAGAUGGCCAGCCACAGCGCUGUGCUGGAGGCCGGAAAGAACCUCUACACGUUCUGUGUGAGCUAUGUGGACUCCAUCCAGCAGAUGAGGAACAAGUUUGCCUUCCGUGAGGCCAUCAACAAGCUGGAGAACAGCCUCCGGGAGCUGCAGAUCUGCCCGGCUACUGCAUCCAGCGGCCCGGCCGCCACACAGGACUUCAGCAAACUGCUCAGCUCCGUGCGCGAGAUCAGCGACAUAGUGCAGAGGUAGCAGGAGCUGCUGCCCCAGCAGCGCCCUCCCUGCCCACGUCCCCUAUUUCAGUCUGUGGAGCCCCCUAUGGAGCUUCCUGCAGCACCAGGGGCCACUGGGUGGGAGAGCAGCCCUCCUUCUCGCUUUCUCACCCCCAGCCCCCCAAAACAAGGGCUCUGACUGGGCACUGCAUCCUCAGGCCCUGGGGCAUCCCAUCUCCCUACAGUUGCAUUCUGGGGAACAGUGUCCCUCGUGUAAAGGACAGGGUGGUGUCUACAGCAGGAUGCCAAGACCCAACCAUGCUCUGGCAUGGACGUGGGGUGCCCUCAUCACCAUCUGCGUGCC